GCGGGGCAGGGCCGCUGCCGCCGGAGCCCAGCCCCGCGAAGACACCGCUCCGGAGACCCCCGGGCUGCCGGGGCACCGGGCCAAGGGUGCUGAACCAUGGCGGUGUGGAUCCAGGCCCAGCAGCUCCAGGGCGAAGCCCUGCGGCAGAUGCAGGCGCUCUAUGGGCAGCACUUCCCCAUCGAGGUGCGGCAUUACCUGUCACAGUGGAUCGAGAGCCAGGCAUGGGACUCCAUUGACCUUGACAACCCCCAGGAGAAUGUGAAAGCGACCCAGCUUCUGGAGGGGCUGAUCCAGGAGCUGCAGAAGAAGGCAGACCACCAAGUGGGUGAGGACGGCUUCCUGCUGAAGAUCAAGCUGGGGCACUACGCCACGCAGCUGCAGAACACGUAUGACCGGUGCCCCAUGGAGCUGGUGCGCUGCAUCCGGCACAUCCUCUACCACGAGCAGCGGCUGGUGCGGGAGGCAAACAAUAGCCCUUCCCCAUCUGGCUCCCUGGUGGACGCCAUGUCCCAGAAGCACCUGCAGAUCAACCAGACCUUCGAGGAGCUGCGGCUCAUCACUCAGGACUCGGAGAAUGAGCUCAAAAAGCUGCAGCAGACACAGGAAUACUUCAUCAUCCAGUACCAGGAGAACAUGCGACUCCAAGCCCAGUUCUCCCAGCUCUCCCAGCUGGGCCCCCAGGAGCGCAUGUCACGGGAGACGACGCUGCAGCAGAAGAAGGCGUCGCUGGAGGCCUGGCUGCACCGUGAGGCCCAGACACUACAGCAGUACCGUGUGGACCUGGCUGAGAAGCACCAGAAGACGCUGCAGCUGCUGCGCAAGCAGCAAACAACCAUCCUGGAUGAUGAGCUGAUCCAGUGGAAGCGUCGGCAGCAGCUGGCAGGGAAUGGGGGCCCACCCGAAGGCACCUUGGAUGUGCUGCAGACCUGGUGCGAGAAGCUGGCAGAGAUCAUCUGGCAGAACCGGCAGCAGAUCCGCCGAGCUGAGCACCUGUGCCAGCAGCUGCCGAUCCCAGGCCCAGUGGAGGAGAUGCUGUCAGAGCUGAAUGGAACCAUCACUGACAUCAUCUCUGCCCUGGUCACCAGCACCUUCAUCAUCGAGAAGCAGCCCCCCCAAGUGCUGAAGACACAGACCAAGUUUGCAGCCACUGUGAGGCUCCUGGUGGGCGGCAAGCUGAAUGUGCACAUGAACCCCCCCCAAGUGAAGGCCACCAUCAUCAGUGAGCAGCAAGCCAAGGCCCUGCUGAAGAACGAGAGCACCCGCAAUGAGAGCAGCGGGGAGAUCCUCAACAACUGCUGUGUGAUGGAGUAUCACCAGGCCACUGGGACACUCAGCGCCCACUUCCGCAACAUGUCCCUGAAGCGGAUCAAGCGCUCAGAUCGCCGCGGGGCUGAGUCAGUGACAGAGGAGAAAUUCACCAUCCUCUUCGAGUCGCAGUUCAGUGUUGGUGGGAACGAGCUCGUCUUCCAGGUGAAGACGCUGUCCCUGCCUGUGGUGGUGAUUGUGCAUGGGAGCCAGGACAACAAUGCCACGGCCACUGUGCUUUGGGACAACGCCUUUGCCGAGCCCGGCCGCGUGCCCUUCGCUGUGCCCGACAAAGUGCAGUGGCCACAGCUCUGCGAGGCGCUCAACAUGAAGUUCAAGGCAGAGGUGCAGAGCAGCCGUGGUCUGACCAAGGAGAACCUGGUGUUCCUGGCACAAAAGCUCUUCAACAGCACCAGCUCCCACUUGGAGGACUAUAGCAGCACCACAGUGUCCUGGUCCCAGUUCAACCGGGAAAACCUGCCUGGGAGGAAUUACACCUUCUGGCAGUGGUUUGACGGGGUCAUGGAGGUGCUGAAGAAGCAUUUGAAGCCGCACUGGAAUGACGGGGCCAUCCUGGGCUUCGUCAACAAGCAGCAGGCGCACGACCUGCUCAUCAACAAGCCCGACGGGACCUUCCUCCUGCGCUUCAGCGACUCGGAGAUCGGUGGCAUCACCAUUGCCUGGAAGUUCGACUCCUCUGAGAGGAUGUUCUGGAACCUGAUGCCUUUCACCACCAGGGACUUCUCCAUCCGCUCCUUGGCUGACCGCCUCGGGGAUCUCAGUUACCUCAACUACGUGUUCCCCGACCGGCCCAAGGACGAGGUGUUCUCCAAGUACUACACGCCGGUUCUCUGUGAGUCCACGCCAGCUAAAGCUGUGGAUGGAUAUGUGAAGCCACAGAUCAAGCAAGUGGUGCCAGAGUUUGUCAAUGCAUCAGGAGAUUCUGCCCCUGGAGGGGCCACCUACAUGGACCAGGCCCCCUCGCCUGCCGUCUGCUCCCAGCCUCAUUACAACAUGUACACCCAGAACCCCGACCCUGUGCUGGACCCCGAGGGUGAUUUUGACCUGGAAGACACGAUGGAUGUGGCGAGGCACGUGGAGGAGCUGCUGCGGCGCCCCGUGGACAGUCAGUGGAUCCCCCACGCCCAGUCGUGACAGGCAGGCGCCUGCUCCCUUGCCCCUGGCCCCGGCGCUGCGGGGACUGUGCUGUGUUCGUGUCUCUGUGCCAGGGGACAGCGGGUGGGCCCUGCCCCCAGGAUUUGCUCUGUGCUGCCCCGAAACACAGGCUGGCGUCCAGCUCUUUGGUGUUUAUGCCCUUGUAUAAAACGGCAGCGGAUUUGUCGCAUGGUUUUCCUGUAUGUUCCUUUUAAGAGGCCCAGCUUCGGCUUUCCGCUUCUGCCAGCACUGGCCCUGCAGCCCCUGACCCCCCCUGUGGGGCUGCUGGGGGCCCCCAGCCCGGCCUCAGGUUCGCUUUCGCAGUCGUCACUAAGAAUGUACAUGUCGCCUUCUUGUUCUCCCCGCGGCUCCGUGCCCAGGGCUGCGUGAGGGCAGAGGGCAGAGGAGGGGUUCUGCCAGGGCUCCCCCAGCCCGUGCUGGUGCUCUGCUCCACAGUGGCAGGGUCCCUGCACCUCAUCCUCUCCUCUGUCCCCAAGGAUGCAGGAGCUCCUCCGGCUGCCGGCCUCGGUGUCCCCUCUGGAGCCGGUGCAGCGUGAGGGUGGCAGGGUGCGAGGGCACCCAGCGAGGGCAGUGGGGUGGGCAGGGGGUUUGGGGGAGCGGAGCCCUCUGCCCGCUGCUUCUGCCCUCGCCUGGGCGGGAAACUCUGGGGUCCUGGCCAUGUUAUUUUUCUAUCACAGAGUAAAUAAAGCACGGAAUA